CUCCAAGUUACGGUCAUACGCUCGUCAAUAAGUCAUCUUUCGGCUUUAAUUCACGAAAAAAUUGCAAAAAAAACCAAAGGAAAGUGCCUAGUAGCGGCCAUUCGAACGCAGCCGAGUUGCAGCCGUGAAAAUCGAAGUGAACACUUUGCCAGCGGUGACGAGCAGCCGUGGAAACGCGGAAAAGCAGCUGCAGCAGCCGAAGAAAUUUGGCAAAAAGUGCGACGGUGAGAGGAGAACGGGGGACCGCUAACAACGGAUCGCGAACAUAGUGCCUAAGCAUUAAGUUUUCCGCUGCUUGCCACGGUUUUCCACGGCCUUGCCCACGGACAUCCCGCCCCUGGAAAAACCGCCUGCCAGGCCAAAACGACGAGCAGUGCUGCAACGAUAAAGAAAUGAACUCAAACAUAUUUCUGGGCACAGCGGAGAACGGCCUGCGGCACGAUAAGAUUGUUAUACUCGAUGCGGGAGCACAGUACGGCAAGGUUAUCGACCGCAAGGUUCGCGAACUCCUUGUGGAGUCGGACAUCCUGCCAUUGGACACGCCGGCAGCCACGAUACGCAACAAUGGCUAUCGGGGCAUCAUCAUCUCCGGAGGACCCAACUCCGUCUACGCAGAGGAUGCGCCCAGCUAUGAUCCUGAUCUGUUUAAGCUAAAGAUACCCAUGCUGGGCAUCUGCUACGGCAUGCAGCUGAUAAACAAAGAGUUCGGGGGCACAGUGCUCAAGAAGGAUGUUCGGGAAGAUGGCCAACAGAACAUCGAGAUUGAGACUUCGUGCCCGCUUUUCAGUCGCCUUAGUCGCACACAGUCCGUGCUUUUAACCCAUGGCGAUAGCGUGGAGCGGGUGGGCGAGAAUCUGAAAAUAGGUGGCUGGUCCACGAACCGCAUUGUGACGGCCAUUUACAAUGAGGUACUCCGCAUCUACGGCGUCCAGUUCCACCCUGAGGUAGACCUCACCAUCAAUGGCAAACAGAUGCUAUCGAACUUCCUCUACGAGAUCUGCGAACUGACGCCCAACUUCACCAUGGGCAGCCGAAAGGAGGAGUGCAUACGCUACAUUCGCGAGAAAGUGGGCAACAAUAAGGUGUUGCUGCUGGUCAGCGGUGGCGUGGAUUCGACUGUUUGUGCAGCUUUGCUCCGUCGUGCCCUGUAUGCUAAUCAGAUAAUUGCCGUGCAUGUAGAUAAUGGUUUCAUGCGCAAGAACGAAAGUGAAAAGGUGGAGCGUUCUCUGCGCGAAAUUGGCAUCGAUUUGAUUGUCCGCAAGGAAGGCUACACGUUCCUCAAAGGCACCACGCAAGUCAAAAGGCCCGGACAGUACUCCGUGGUGGAGACGCCCAUGCUCUGUCAGACUUACAAUCCGGAGGAGAAGCGCAAGAUAAUCGGUGAUAUAUUCGUCAAGGUGACAAACGAUGUCGUUGCCGAAUUGAAGCUGAAGCCCGAAGAGGUAAUGCUGGCUCAGGGAACCCUCCGGCCAGAUCUGAUCGAGUCCGCCUCGAACAUGGUCAGCACGAAUGCAGAAACAAUCAAAACGCACCACAAUGACACGGAUCUGAUCAGAGAACUUCGCAAUGCGGGACGUGUCGUUGAGCCACUGUGUGACUUCCACAAGGAUGAGGUGCGCGAUCUGGGCAAUGACCUGGGUCUGCCGUCGGAUCUUGUGGAGAGACAACCCUUCCCCGGUCCUGGCCUGGCGAUCCGUGUGCUCUGCGCCGAGGAGGCUUACAUGGAGAAGGACUACUCUGAAACUCAGGUUAUUGUCCGCGUGAUAGUGGACUACAAAAAUAAGUUGCAGAAGAACCAUGCUCUGAUCAACCGGGUAACGGGCGCCACCAGCGAAGCGGAGCAGAAGGACUUGCUGCGAAUCUCCGCCAACUCGCAGAUCCAGGCCACCCUACUGCCCAUUCGUUCCGUAGGGGUGCAGGGCGACAAGCGGUCAUACAGCUACGUGGUAGGCCUAUCCACGAGUCAGGAGCCCAACUGGCAGGACCUUCUCUUCCUCGCCAAAAUCAUACCGCGCAUCCUGCACAACGUAAACAGGGUGUGCUACAUCUUUGGCGAGCCCGUGCAGUAUCUGGUGACGGAUAUCACGCACACCACACUCAACACGGGGGUGCUAUCGCAGCUGAGGCAAGCGGAUGAUAUCGCCAAUGAGAUCAUAAUGCAAGCUGGACUGUAUCGGAAAAUCUCACAGAUGCCUGUCGUCCUUAUACCCGUUCACUUUGAUCGCGAUCCCAUUAACCGCACACCCUCCUGCAGAAGAUCGGUGGUGCUGCGCCCGUUCAUAACGAACGACUUUAUGACUGGUGUGCCGGCUGAGCCCGGCUCCGUGCAACUGCCAGUGCAAGUCUUAAAUCAAAUUGUGCGCGACAUAUCCAAGCUGGAUGGAAUCUCGAGGGUGCUCUACGACUUGACAGCCAAGCCGCCGGGCACCACCGAGUGGGAAUGAUGCGUUCAAACCAAAACUUUCAACAGCCAUUUCAUAGAAGUAGAUGAGACAAACAAUAAUCAACCAACCAAUAAGCGGCGGGCGCUCGAUGGGACAAUGGCCGAUCGGUCGGUCAGUUGGCAUAACGAGCGAACGGCGGAUGGAUCGAUCCUAGCCCUCGAGGUCAUCGCGGCUGCUCCUGCCUUUUAGAGAGACACGUAAAACGAGCAAUUGAUGAGGCGCAAAUACAGAACUGGAACUGCCGCUUCGAAAAUUGAAAACAAUUCAGGUUCAUAAUAUCGAUGAUACAUGUGUGUGUGUAAUUAAUGCGGAAUUAAGCGAAUCGAGAUCUAACACAGAUGGCGAACUAUUUGCCAAUAAUACUUAUGUACAUUUUCAUGUUUUGUUCCUUUUGUGAAAAGGAAUGUGCCCACAAACCACGUAACAAACAAAAACAAUUAAUUUACGCAUUUUUAGUUAUAUACAUAAAAUAUAUAUAUUAUAUACAUACAGAUAUUAAAUAAUUGCAAACUCAAGUUCUGAAAGUUGUAUAUUUGCAAGAGAGAAAGUGUUUUCGUGGCAAAAGGCAUAAACAAAAAGAUUGUAAGAACACGAAAAAAAUAUUGUAAGCUAAAAUUAUGAAUUGUUAUAUAAAACGUCUAUAUUUAAAAAAUGGCAAAACCGGAAAAAAAUAAAACGAUUAUGAUGAUAAAAGAAAUGUAAUAAAACGAAAAAUUGAUUUAAAAGUGUUUGA